AUGUCCCUGAUUGUUGUGCACGCAGGCUUCUGUCUACUUCUCAGUUCCUCGCUGACUCAACCCAUCACAGCGUCUCUCGAGAGUCCCUUGCGGUCAACAUUCAAAGGCCCUCGUUUAUUAGAGUUCUGGUACAUAGUGGAAACACCACGAUCAGCUACUUUGUCGGUGGAGCUUCAGUCUUUAUUAAGCUCAACUAUUGCCGCUAUUUGGCGACUACCGACCACGGCUCCGGCCCUUACGUGGAAUUUGGCUCGCAUCGAGAUCUCUCCACAGGAAGUUGACUUCAAGGUCGUCAUUCGAGGCAGCACACGACGUGUGUCAAGCUUGAACAGCUUGCUAGCCUUGGCCGACGUCCGCCUGACUACGCAUCCAAGCUCACACGUGGCGAACUGCAAUUUCGAGGAUGACCUGUGCGGUUACAUCAGCGUCAGCGGUUCCGACCCGGAGUUCCGGUGGUUCGUCGGAAGCGGUCGAGUGAGAAAGCCUUUGCUGAAGCCAUCUGUUCCCCAGCUUCCCCUGGUUGGGCUGUCCGAAGGACUUCAAGCUUCCAAGACGUUCGCCUACGUCGACACCACGGUGCCGCUUCAGGACAGUGGAACGAAUUGCAACGCCACAAUGAGCAGCCCUAUCUUCACUGCUGGCCAAAACGAUACUCUGCUCAUUCGUUACUUUAGAAAUGGCAACAGUACGGAGUCGUUCAUGGUGUACCAAUCCAUGUGGAACAAUGGAGACCAAACAAUAAAGUGGGUGCCGCUGGCUUCUCUCGACGAAGGCGAUGACUGGCAGGACUUUGAAGCUCCCCUUGCUCCUGCAGCAGAGUCCCAAAUACACGUCGUCAUCACUCGGUCCCGUAACCAGACCGGUUUCGCAGCAGUUGCUAGCAUCAGCGUGGGUCACCCAAAAGCGGGCUGUAAUUUCGAGAAUGCCACUUACUGCAACUGGGAACAGGAAAGGGCAAGCAGAAGAAGCCUUGAGUGGAAAUUAAACGAUCCGAAAAACCGCGUUCCAGGCUUCCCCAAUUUUGACCACACAACACGCAGCUACAAAGGGCACUACAUAUACGUAGCACGAAACAGGAGCUCUGACGUAAUAUCUGCCCAACUGAAAGGCCCUGUAGUGCCUAAAGACGUGCUGAAGGCAAUGUGCUUCUCCUUCUGGUACUUUCUGCUGGUGGACUCGAACAGCAGUUUCAGCGUGUCGCUGUCCUCGGCUUCAGACGUCGCCUGGCGCAGUUCAAUUUUCCGGGUGGUGGCAUGGACACACGGCCAAGCACAAUUUACACAGUUAACACCAGAAGAAGGCACGCAGUGCACUACAGUGCAUUUAUGUGUGGCUGUUUUAUGUGCUUAUGAAAAAUGA